UUCGCUAGUUUCACAUCGAAGCGCGAAUUAUUUAAAAUGGUGGAUACAAAGUUUGCAAUUAUUUGUUUUAUAAGAAACGGCAAUAACUCUUCGCAUUAUUUCCAUUGUUAUUUCUAUCGUGCUUUGUUUUGCUUUGCUUUGCUUUGCUUUAACUACCUAACUAGGACAUGUGAAGUUUAAUCAGACGUUUAUUUGAGGCAGAGGAAACAUCGAGAACCCAAAAUAAUUGGCUGGAUAGCUAUUCGUUUGUAUAUGAAGUGUUCUUAACAUUCGACGUUGGAAUUAUCCGAACGUCGAAGUACAAAAUAAGCCAAUGGAGGACGCUCGAGAAUGUCUCGGAGAAGGUGUGCUGAAACACCUGAACGUACUGGAGGUGGAGGCGUUGGCGCUUUCCGGGCGGCAGCAGCUAUGUUUGCAACAGCAGAGCCGAGUGGAUGACCUCCGAAUCAUGGUGGAGAAACUGAGGGCGCACAGAGAUAUGCUCAAAGCCAGAGCGAAGACCAACAUGGUGAGAGGAGCGUGGGGAGCAGUUUCUGGUUAUAACAUGCGACCCAGCGUAAUGUUUGCUGUGCGGACGACAUUUAAUUCCCUUCAACAUCUAAAGGCUGUAGCUGACCAAAGAAACGUGGAUUGCAAUGAAGAUGAUAUCAGUGCAGGGGGUAGUUCAAGGACUGCGCAGUCCCAGCUUUCUUUUCUGGUGGCCAGGAGGACUCAAGUGAAAGACCUUCUGCAGGCCCAUCACUUCAUCGGUGGCUACGAUGUGACUGAGACUGGCAGAGGCAAAGGUGUGUACAUUUCCAUAGCCACCGCCUUUGAGGGCCUCUACCUGGAGACAUACAACCUGGAGCUGGACCUGGGUCACGUUGUACAAAUCUGCCGUCACAACAUCCCCCCAUUCAUUCCCCUGGAGAAGCUGGCCCAGGUGCACCUACAGACAGACCUCAUGGACUUUCUCAGUGCCCUCAGCGACCACCUCAACGCUUUUGCUGGGCGCCGGCAACAAGUUUGCCUCAUCCAGGAAGUUCUUCUGGGCUCAGUGGAGGUGAUGGAGAGCAACGUGCUUUUUAACACCAUUGUUCUUAUGUGCAAGGACGCCGGAGAGAAUGGCAGAGCCAUACUCUGCACACUGGAGUACUCAGACCUCUCUCGAUACCUGCCCACCAAGGUCACCAUAGAGUCCGAAGAUAAGGACCUGCCUAGUACACCAUGGUGGAAGGAGAGCCAGUCUCUGCUCCUGUGCACUCCAGCACACAAAGCAUUCCAGGCUUUGAAGAUGAAGGGGCUGAUUGCCUAAUCCUAGCCUAUACAAAGGCCCUUUUACCAUCUUCUAUUUAUUUGUUUCAUGUGAUGUUACUUACUAUCUGUGCCAUAAGAGGUUUUACAGCUUUGGGUUGUUACAUACCAUCUAGAUAUUUCUGGUGUUCAUCCCAUUCACGCUUGAUUACAGCUGUGCAUCUAUUGACUCCUGUAUUCCAACAAAAUAAUAAAGGAAUCUCAUGCAUUGA